AUGAUCCUGGAUAGUCUUUCUUGGUCCACUUCUUUCAUAGUCGUAGCUUUGACGGGAUUGUUGCUGCUUUUACAGCGCUAUGUCUCGCCUAGUCUCGACCCACUGGAGCCUCCGCUUCUGAAACCGCGGGUUCCACUGGUGGGACAUAUCAUCUCCAUGUUCCAAGAGGGAAGCGGCUUCUAUACCCGGCUUUUCAAAGAGCAUCCCCUGCCCAUCUCUACCCUCCCCGUCUUGAACGGGAAGCUCUACGUCAUCAACUCCCCGGAUCUCAUUCAUUCAGCGCUGCGCAACAAUGAUAUUUCUUUUGACCCAUUUCUUCUGGAGUUCUCUGUCAGUAUGUGGGGAAUCAGCAAGAAUGCAGUAAAAUGUAUCAAGAACAGAGACAACAUGAAUGGAGGAUUGAUCAUCAUCCAUGCAAACACCAUGGGUGAGCCGGUGCAUCGACUCAACCUUGGUUCUCUCACGAGACUCAUGUCCUAUCUCAACCGUAUAAAGCCCCAGGAGAACUUCGACGUACCAGAUGUAUCUAUCUGGCUUCGAGAUAUGGUGACUGAUGCGACUGCGACGGCUUUAUAUGGGGAGGAGAACCCUUUGACAAUGGAAAAAUCGGAAUUGCUUUGGACAUUUGACAAACAUUCCAUGGCGGCAGCAUUUGGAGUUCCGGACUUCUUCAUCAAGAAGGCCACCAACGCGAGGCGCGAGCUGAACAAAAUGCUGCUCAAUUAUUACCAAACCAGGGGUGAUCAAGGACAAGGUGUUUCCGAACUCAUCAAAAAGAGAACUGUAUUUCUUCGAAGCAGUGGAUUUACUGACGAGGACCUUUCCACAAUGGAGUUGAUGCUGCUUUGGGUUGGUGUCACUAAUACUGCACCAGCCCUGUUCUGGCUCUUCGCACAUGUCCUCACUAAUCCUGACUACACAUCUCGCGUACAAGCCGAAGUAAGCGCAAUCACGAUAAUUACAAAUGGACCAGGUGGAAGAACUGCAACGGUUGACAUUAAGCAACUGGAGAAAUCCUGCCCGUUUUUCAACGCUUGUCUCCAGGAAACUUUUAGGCUGUAUCUCCAUUCGGUUGGCAACAGACGGGUGAUGCAGGACACCAAAAUCCAAGACGCAGACGGCCGUAAGUACCUCUUGAAGAAAGGCUAUAAUAUCCAAUGGCCGCCAUCCGUUACGCAUUUCACCAGCGACGUCUGGGGCUCGGACGUCAAUACUUUCAGACCGGAGCGUGUCCUGGAAGCCACGGCGCAGGACGAAAAGAACAGAAGGAGCUCGAUGCUUUCUUUCGGAGGCGGCAAAAAUCUCUGCCCGGGUCGCAAAUUUGCGCAGACCGAGAUGCUGGGCUUUGUAGGAGUUGUGGCGCUGGGCUUUGAGGUUGAGGGGUUGAAGCUACCCAAGUGGAAGGAUGUUGGGGUGGGUGCUGGGCCGAGAGCGCCUGAUUGGGGAUCUAUGGAUUCUGGGGCUCGUAUUAGGAAGAGGCCAGGCUGGGAGGAUGUCACAUGGUCUUUUGAGGGCUAG